ACAGGCUUGCGCUGAGCUGCAGUUUAGAUAUCGGCAACGGCUUGUGUGGUUGCCGUGGUGGCUGCCUGCCUCGCUAAGAGGAUUGGGAAACUAUCAAUUUCUGUCGUGUUUGCUGCCGCCUUAUCGGUGUUUUGUCCCAGCUGUAGGCCUACAUCGCUGCAGCCUCCCUCUUCUGUAACUGACACUGAAAACCCGCAGAGGAGAGGGCAGAAAGAGCCAUAAAGAUGAGCACCGGAGCGGGCAUCGACUACAGCGUCUGGGAUCACGUCUACGUGUCCGACGAUGAAGAUGUGACCAAUCCGUAUGUCGACACGCCGAGCUUGUUCAGAAUGAGACACCGGGUCAGCAGUGAAACUUGUAGUAGCUGUGACGUUUGGAUUCGUAUACCUGAACCGGCUGGAGAGAAUGGCUGAGUUUCAGCAGAGAGGGGAAGAUCUGGAGAAUAACUUAUUAGAAUGCAAGAAGCUUUUGGAGGAAGCCCAGGGACGACUUAAAGAACUGGAAGAAGGAAGGAACGAAGGAGAGGAGGAUGAGGAGAGAGAGGCUGAGAUCAAGAAAGUCCAGGGCGAGGUCAGAAAACUGAAGAAGGAUGAAAAGUCUUUUGAGAAAAGGAUCGAAGAAUACCGGCGAGAGGAAAAGAAGCUGCCCUGGGAUGUUGACACUAUCAGCAAAGAAGGUUUCAGCAAGAGUAUACUCAACAUCAAGCCUGUAACUAAGGAGGAAACAGAGGAGGAAAAGGUGGAGAAGCACAAGACCUUUGCUGAGAAGUAUAAAAAAGAAAUCAGACACUUUGGUAUGUUGCGGCGCUGGGAUGACAGUCAGAAGUAUCUGUCAGACAACCCACAUCUGGUCUGUGAAGAGACGGCGAAUUGCCUUGUUGUCAUCUGUAUUGACUUUGAGAUAGAUGAGAAACAUGCACUAAUGGAGCAGGUGGCCCACCAGGCCAUCGUCCUGCAGUUCAUCCUGGAUUUGGCUCGGACUCUUAAGGUCGACGCAAGAGGAUGCUUCAGACAAUUCUUUUCAAAGAUCCAGACUGCAGACAAGCCGUACCUAGACGAGUUUGACCGUGAGCUGGAGCGGCUGAAGGAGCGGAUCCGCAGCUGUGCGCAGAUGCGUAUGGCGAGCGCUGUGGAGGAGCUAGAGGAAGAAGAGAGGCAGAAGAGACUGGGCCCAGGUGGUUUAGACCCUGUAGAGGUCUAUGAAUCACUGCCAAAGAGAAGUCAAUACACAGCUGAGCAGAAUGGACUCCAGCAGUCAGGCAUGAGCUCUCUGUGUGCAAGAACAUGCAGAAGAGCUUUGAUGAGAAGAACAUUCAGAUGCUGCAGGAAGCUAUCCGCAAACUGGACCUGGAGGAAGGAAAAUACCACCUCAGGAGAUGUAUUGCCUCUGGACUGUGGGUCCCUGAAUCAGGAGAGAGUGACGAUGAAAAGGAGGACUAUGAAGAAGAUGAGGAAGAAGAUUAGAAUAAGAGAACGGAGAACAUUCCGAUGUUUAACAAUGAAGUUUGUGCAACAGUGUGCAAGUAAUGUUAUACUGUACAUAUCAAACAUGAUGUACAAGUACAUUCUUCUUGGAAUUUUCUUUUUUAGCAUGCCAUUACAGGUACCUGCCAUUUACAGACUAAACAAUCUGCCUGCAUCUGUUGCCCGGUCAACAGCGCCAUCUUAAGUCUGUUUGGGGACAUACAGCCCAUAAACUACAUCUAGAAGCCUGUAUCUAAAGGAUUAUUAGGGACACCUGUAAGAUUUCUCGUUAAUGCAAUUAUCUAAUCAACCAAUCACAUGGCAGCUGCUUUAAUGCAUUUAGGGGUGUCGUCCAGGUCUAGGCAAUCUCCUGAUCUCCGAACUGAAUGUCAGAAUUGGAACGAAAGGUGAUCUAAGCAACUUUGAGUGUGGCCUGGUAGUUGGGUAUUUCAGUAUUUCACAAUCUGCUCAGUGACUGGGAUUUAAUUAGAAUUACAGAGCCCAACCUAGCUUUGCAAAGUAGCAUAUUAACUUGCAACUAAUAAUAAUUUUCAUCAUUGAUUAAUCUGCCACUUAUUUUCUUGAUUGAUUAGGAAACUAGUCUUGCAAAUGUUAAAAUAAAUAAAACAGAGAAAAACAGCAAAUUGUUUGAAAUAGAGAAUAUUUGACAUUUCUGCAUGAAAAAUGACAAUUUAAUCGAAUAUUAUAGUACAAUUGUUGCAGAUAAAUCUUCUGUCGGUCCGACUAAUCAGUUAGUGGAGGAAUCAUCUCAACUCUGAAAUUGAUGAGUCCGUCCAACUGAGUGCAAGUCCAAGUAGUUUAGUUUGUAUCUAUGUUAUCGUUGCUGCUUUGUAAUGUAAGAGUUGUUAAAAUAUGUCGUAGUUUUAGUGUGUACUUGUCAAGGUUUUUUACAAGCAAUAUGUUUUAUUUAGUAUUUAUGUUUGAAGCAGAGAAUACAUCAGCAGUUUA